CCCGGCGCGGCGGAGCGACGCUGCUUCUGUCAGGUUACUGGUCAUUUAGAUGACUGCGCCUGUGACGUAGAAACCAUUGAUGCCUUCAACAACUACAAGCUUUUUCCUAGACUGAAUGAACUUCUGGAAAGUGACUAUUUUAGAUACUACAAGGUAAACCUAAAGAAACCUUGUCCUUUUUGGAAUGACAACAGUCACUGUGGAAUAAGAGACUGUGCCGUAAAGCCCUGCCCAUCUGAUGAAGUCCCUGAUGGAAUCAGAUCUGGAAGUUACAAGUAUUCGGAAGAAGCCAGUAACCUUGCUGAAGAAUGUGAAGAAGCCAAGAGACUUGGAGCUGUUGAUGGCUCUUUGAGCAAGGAAGCCCAGCAGGCAGUGCUCCAGUGGACACGGCACGAUGACGCCUCAGACAGCUUCUGCGAAGCUGAUGACAUCUAUUCUCCUGAUGCAGAGUACGUGGAUUUACUCCUGAAUCCCGAACGCUAUACUGGCUACAAAGGACCGGAUGCCUGGAAAAUUUGGAACAGUAUUUACGAAGAAAACUGCUUCAAGCCUCAGAAUGUAAAAAGACCUUUGGCAUCUGGUAGAGGAGAUGAUGGAGGGCAUACGUUUUACAAGUGGCUGAAAGGUGUCUGUGUAGAGAAACGAGCUUUCUACAAACUCAUUUCUGGUCUCCACGCAAGCAUCAACAUCCAUUUGAGCGCCAGGUACCUUUUACAAGAUACGUGGUCAGAGAAGAAAUGGGGCCCCAACGUUACCGAGUUCCAGCAGAGGUUUGAUGAAGUCCUCACCAGAGGGGAAGGUCCCAGAAGACUCAAGAACCUGUAUUUUCUCUACCUGAUAGAGCUGCGGGCCCUAUCCAAAGUGCUGCCGUUCUUUGAGCGCCCAGGUUUCCAGCUGUACACGGGGAAUAAACGUCACGAUGCCGAAAUGAAAAACCUGUUGCUGGAAAUUCUCCGUUUGGCCAAGUCUUUCCCAUUGCAUUUCGAUGAAAACUCGCUCUUCGCAGGGAACAAAAAGGAAGCUGCUAAACUAAAGGAGGAAUUUAGGCUGCACUUUAAGAAUAUUUCGAAGAUAAUGGACUGUGUUGGCUGCUUCAAAUGUCGCCUGUGGGGGAAGCUGCAGACGCAGGGCUUGGGUACAGCGCUGAAGAUCCUCUUUUCUGAAAACCUGAUCGAAAAGAUACCUGAACGCGGCCCUUCCUAUGGAUUCCAGCUGACGAGACAAGAAAUCGUUGCCUUAUUUAACGCUUUUGGAAGGAUUUCAACAAGCGUUCGAGAACUGGAAAACUUCAGGAACAUCUUACGAAAUAUGCGGUGAAUUCAGGGCAGAAAGA